AUGGCUUUGGAUUUAGAAAACUUCAAAUUUGACACUCCUCAGUUUGACCCAAGAUUUCCCUUCACCAACCAGACGAAGCACUGUGCCCAGAACUACGUUGACUACCACAAGUGUAUCAACGUGAAGGGCGAGGAGUUCGAGCCAUGCCAAAUCUUUUUCAAGACCUUCACCUCCUUGUGCCCAGUUGACUGGGUCGGCAAGUGGGAUGACCAGAGAGAAGCUGGCAAGUUCCCAAUCAAACUUGAUUAG